GUAUGAUGAUAUUCUGAUCAAUGGACUACCAGAUUGGCGACAGCCUGUAUUCUACUACAGGCGGGUGAGAAAAAUGAGCAAUGCUGAGCUGGCAUUACUCUUGUUCAUUAUACUCACAGUGGGUCAUUAUGCUGUGGUUUGGUCAAUCUACCUGGAAAAACAGCUGGAUGAACUGCUUAGCAGAAAAAAGAGGGAGAAGAAGAAAAAAACAGGCGGCAGGAGUACAGAUGAAGCCAAACUUGCUGCUGUAGACAAAAACGAAAGAGUACUGGACAAACCACAGUGGCAUGACUUACUUCCAUGCAAGCUGGGAAUAUGGUUCUGUCUCACUGUGAAAGCUUUACCUCAGCUAUUCCAGGAUGCCAGACAAUUAUAUGUAGAAUAUAAAGAAACAAAAAUGAAGGAGAAAGAAGAUGCCCUGGCUAAGGCUGAGCUUGAAACACUUCAGAAGGAGAAGAAGCUGAAAGUCAAGAAACCAAAAUCAGAAUUCCCUGUAUACACGGUUCUGGAGUCAAGUGCGUAUAUACCAUCGUAUGAUCAUGGAGCUUCAAUUGAAGAGAUUGAGGAACAGAUGGAUGAUUGGUUGGGAGGCAGGAACAGAACACAAAAAAAGAAG